CGGGUAUCCCUCCGCCGCCCUCUUGCAUUGCCAAAAUUUAAAAAUAAACCCCUCUGGCAGUGAUAUAAGUUGAUAUAAAGCUUCCCUAUUGUGUAUAUAAUAUCAUAUCAGCGAAUAUAGGCGCCGGUAGUGUCCCUUGUGCGGAGGGUGAGGCGGUGUAUGGGUCUGCGCGCCGGGCGGUGAUGCGUCUCCUCCACACACAGCUCUGUACACAUCCGCGCACACGGCGGGGGGACUUUUCUUCGGGGAUUUUCGGCGCCGAUGAGACGGCAUUGAAGUAAAACCGGAGUCGGCGGAGCGCGGAGUCCGUCAUCUGGAGGGCCGAGCGAGUCAGGAGCGGGGGACGGGCGGCACAGCACUCCGGGGCCACGAUGUCCUUGGUAGAUUUGGGAAAGAAGCUUCUAGAAGCUGCUCGGGCUGGUCAAGAUGAUGAAGUUCGUAUUCUAAUGGCAAACGGGGCACCUUUUACCACAGACUGGCUGGGAACAUCUCCACUCCACCUUGCAGCUCAGUAUGGCCAUUAUUCCACCACAGAAGUAUUACUUAGGGCAGGAGUCAGCAGAGAUGCACGCACUAAGGUUGACAGAACUCCCUUGCAUAUGGCGGCCUCAGAAGGUCAUGCAAACAUAGUAGAGGUAUUAAUCAAGCACGGUGCUGACAUCAAUGCCAAAGACAUGCUGAAGAUGACAGCUCUUCACUGGGCAACAGAACACAACCAUCAUGAAGUUGUAGAGCUUUUGGUAAAAUAUGGAGCAGAUGUUCAUAGUCUGAGCAAGUUCUGUAAAACCGCAUUUGAUAUCUCUGCGGACAAUGGCAAUGAGGACAUCGCAGAAAUACUACAGAUUGCAAUGCAAAACCAAAUUAACACAAAUCCUGAAAGCCCAGAAACUGUAACGAUACACACGGCUACACCACAAUUUUUCAUUGGACCCGGAGGUGUGGUAAAUUUAACGGAUGAAAAUGGAAUAGCCUCUACAGUACAGUUUGGCAAUUCAUCAACAUCUGUCCUGGCUACAUUGGCAGCUUUAGCAGAAGCAUCUGCUCCAUUAUCUAAUUCUUCAGAAACACCAGGUGGGAGGAGCCUAUCUUUCUGUAAGCCGUCCUGGAACUUUGCUGGAAAAAUGGUGGCUACAGAAGAAGUGGUAACUGCCGAGUCUGUGGAUGGUGCUAUUCAGCAGGUUGUUAGCUCUGGUGGACAGCAAGUUAUUACGAUAGUGACGGAUGGCGGCAUCCACCUUGGUAAUCUUCAGUCUGGCCUUUCUUCCGCUGGCAUAACGCAGCCAUGUAUUGUCACAAUGCCAGAUGGCCAACAGGUGUUGACGGUACCAGCAACUGAUAUGGCAGAAGAAACUGUGAUUAGUGAAGAGCCGCCUUCUAAAAGACAGUGCAUCGAAAUCAUUGAAAAUCGUGUGGAAUCUGCAGAGAUAGAGUCUGUGGAAAGAAGAUACGUUAUGAAUAUACAGUAUCUCUGAUUUGCAUCAUCUCUGAUUUUACCAUAUACAUGAUGUGAAAGUGUCUUCAGCUGUCAAAGGUGUGCGGUUCCUACAAAUUAAGAGCACUUAUGGGUGUCACUUUUCAGUACUUCCACCAUCUUUUAUUGGAUUGUUCUGUUACACCUGUCUUACAGUCUUCCCAUUUUCUUACUAUAGUGGCUGCCAGUUUAUUGCAGUUUUAAAGAAAGCUAGAACACUCGUUUCCUGGUGUUUUGUUUUGAGGACUUCUGUAUGCCACUCUGGGAGUAAAUGGUGCAAUUCUGUCAUUAUUUUGUAUGUAGUUCUUUCAGCAAGGUCAUCUAAAUGUACUUUUAUUCUUAAUCCAGUGUACUGUACUUCUAAAAUGUUUUCAUAAAUUGUCAAGUUUUAAGAGACCUCAGGAGAUCUCAAUAAACUUUGUAUGUUUGUAAAUAGUAUUAAAAUACAAUUUCCCAAAUCAAACAUUUUAAGAUCAUUAAAAUGAAGGAUCCUUACGUUGGAUUCCUUUAUUGGACCCCUUGAUAAACAUUUGCAAAAUGAUCCCUAGUACCUAUAUAUUGGAAUCUUCAAGUGUAAUAUCACAAAAGCCCAGUUAGGAUGGGAGUAACCCUCAGUACAAAACCUAGUUAUAAAGGUAGAAAAAUAUCACCAAUAUUGCAUGAAAAUACUUUUGAGUGGUUAUACAGGCUCAUGGUUUUUACCUUCAUGCAGCAGUGCCCCCCCAAAAUGCUUACCUGCGCCUCAUCCUGAUCCAGCAAUGUGCAUGAGAGUGUAAUGGCUCUCUGGGGACUCUCCCUCAUUGGCUGAGACGGCAACGGAAGCCAUAAGCUCCGCUACUGACAAUCACAGCCAAUGAGACGGGGCAGAGCCACGCUCUGUGUCUGAAUAGACAGACAGGGCAGCUGUUUGGGAGCAAGCCUGCUUGGGUGCACCCGUAGCAAACUGCUUGGCUAUUGGGGCAGGCGCACCAACAGGGUACACAAAAAGAGAAGGAUUGGGGUGCAAAACCACUGCACAGAGCAGGGCAAGUAAGACAUAAAAAUGACUAUAGUCAUGUGUAUAAACUGCAAACACUAUUGGGGCCAACACAUAAAUGAACAGCUGUCGCACUGAAAACUGCAAGGCUUUACUGUGUGUCAACUGUCUGUUUCGGCUGCGGCGAGCCAGCAGUAGGUAACAUUGUAUCAUUGGUUUCAGUGCAUUACACAUCCCCCACCUUUGUUUUCUACUCCACUUUAUUUUGCUGUGCAUAAACGUGACGCUUCAUUUAUAUCACUGUACAGCAGAGGGGUUCACUUCAUCACAGCUCUGGACCUUAUUGCAGUGUGAAUAGGACACAUAGAAAAAAUCGUUUUCUUUGUGUCCCAGCAGUCACUGGCCUUCUUCCACUGUGGAAAAACACUGAUCACAACCCUAUGUAUGAAAUGGCCCUUGCCACUAUAAAACAUGCAUUCAUAAAUAAAUCAAAUGACUGUAGUGUAGCGAUAUCUCCCUCUCCUUCAUUUCAUCAUCCUUUGUCAGAAGCUGCUGAUUACCUUGAGAUAACGAAGAGCUUUGGACAGAGGUGGUGAAACUAGUAUUUUUAUUUUGUUUUUCAUAGAAUGAUGUGAAUGUGAGUUCUGUUCCAUUGAAGAAGUGUAUAUACUGGAUGAUUUUUUCCUUCAUAACUUGCGGUUCUGCACUGAGGGUGCUGAUAUUUCGCCCUUUGAGUAAAAGUGGUGGUAUACUUCAAGAUUUAUGUCUAUAAAAAUGUGGAAAUAUGUUUAUUUUUCUAUGAUGUGAAUAGACUCUUCAUUUUAUGUUUAUUGGUCACACAGUAGGUCGGUGUUUACAGAAUGCUGUAAAUAAAGUUGCACAGAUGUUCUAUUUUUCUAUUUUUUUUCUUUUUUUAAGACACGAAAUCUGAUUACAAAUAAACGUUUGUUACAGAAGAAAUUGUCAGGUAUUCCUUCCUUGAAGUUGCUAUAUUGCAUUACCUUUUUUGAUUUUCUUUUUAUGCAAUUCUGAAUUGUAUCUUAAGAGGCAUACAUUAGUGUAAAUAUAUUGGCAAAAACCAGUCUGAGGAUCAAUCUGGAUUUCAUUUUCUUUUCCAAAAUUUCUUUUUUAUGUUGAUGAAUAUUAUUGUUAAAGGAAAUGUCGGUCAACUAAGGUGUUUAAUUAAGAAGGUUCUUUUGACAGGCAGAUUACCUCACUAAUGCAAAUUAGAAUGAAGUAGCACACAUCACAGAUAUGGGAGUGUGUAUUUGUCAAAACGAGGUACCCGCUCUCCCCCAAAGGUGCCAAAUGUGGCACCGCAGGGGGGAGGAGGCAGAUAAGUAUAGCUUCCUCUUUUGGGUGGAGCUCCGCUUUAAUGUCCAUUGAUUUUGAAACUUUUAUUUUGCUUUAAUCUCUGUGGAUAAUGUGUAGUUGCUUGGGUUGAGGAUUACAACUGAGACUUGUUUUCCAAUGCUAUUAGAUGGGUUAAAGCUGUAUUAAACCCAAAACAACGUUUAAUACAUUGCAGAUUACCAAACGUUGGAUGUGGUGCCUGCAUUGGGUUUUUUGUAGGCUUAUUUUCCAUUUUCACUUGGUCAUCUGACCAGUUAACGGUUCUCUAUUGGGGUGUCUCCACUCUAGAGGAAGGAGCAACAGAUCCACCCUUGGACAGCAGCAUUGUCUGCCUGGGGUGAGGAUCGUGUUUAGAUCAACAGCUGGAGUGCCACAGGUUGCCUACCCCUGUGCUACUGUAACUACAUUUCCUAUAAAGGAUUACAAGGCUGGCAGUUACAAUUGCUCCCAGAGGCACGAUGGGACUUGUAGUUCUGCCACAGCUGGAGGGCCCCAGGUUGCCUAACCAUGCACUAGCACAUUUAGAUGGGCUUGUCUAACUAUGUAAAGUUGGGAGGAAGUUUGGAAGGAAAUUUAUCCUGACUGACUUACGUAGGCUGCUGUUAACCUGCUUUUAAAAUGCUGGCUGCCCCUAGCUUGACUACAUUUUCAAGCCAUUUGAUCUGCCUAGAUCAGGGGUGCCCAACCUUUUGAGGAGCGAGGGCCACUUUAGCGACUUGGUAACCGAUCGAGGGCCACAUUGAGCAUAGCAGGCAAAUGACAUUUCUGUGUCCACGCUGCAUAUGGAGAGCAGACAAGGACACAGCCCGCUCUACCUUUUUUAAGAGCCCUCCGAUCCGUUUGGGUCCACCUGAAAAAAACAGACAGGUAGACCCGAUCGCACCGAUCCUGUAAAAGGGGCCUAAGGCUGCUUUCACACUGAUGCACUGCGCUUUACCUGCACCUCAACUAACCUCAUUCUUUACUUCCUCGGGAUUCCGGCAGGUAUCGCUGGCUGCUGCGUUUCCCCAGGCAGGUAUGGUUGGUGGCUGCUGCUGGCUGUCCUCCAGGGUGAGUGCUGCUGUCCUAGAUCAUGGGUUCCCGACCUGCCAUCCCUGAGCAUCAGUGAGCAUGCCGAUGCUUCCUGUCACAGGCAGAGUACAUUUGGUGUCACUCUACCUGUAAAGGAAGCAUUGGCUAUGCUUCUUUUAGUGCCAACUCUGUUCUUCACACUGAUGCUCGGGGAUGGCGAGUUGGGAACCCGUGAUCUAGGUUUGCCGACCCGCCAUCCCAGAGCAGGAUGUGAUGAGCCACAUUGGAGGGCGCUGCAGGCCACAUGUGGUUGGGCACCCCUGGCCUAGAUGUUCUGUCAGUGACACAUUUUUAAUGCCUUUAUCACAUGCAGGCAACCUAGGAGUCACCAAAUGCUCCUGCAUGCUUCUCCUUGUACAGGCUUUCUUCAUAUUCACGUGCUGAACAUGAACAACCCUUUGUCGAGAGUGUUUGUUCCUGAGGUGCCAUAACCCUAAAUAUUGUAUGACAUCUUGAACAUACCCGGACGUAUACAUUAUCUGCAAUUUAUUUCACGGAAUACCUAAAUGUCUUUCCUCCUCUUUCCUCUUCCCUCUUCCCUCCUUCCUCUUCUUUACUUCAGUUUUCUGUUGGGUAAAAUAAAAAUUGUAUGACAACACUGGGGUAAGCAUUUUACCUAAUUUUGCGUAUGGCCGGCCUUUCUUCCUGUCUGGUACAGCGUUGUCUACAGGACAGGAAGUUGGGGUAAAUCUCUCUAAUGGUGCCAGGUAUAGAAGUAAAAAUCUGACAAGGGAUCUAACCCUUCUCCACUUUAUGCAAAACUGGAAAAAAAUGUUUUGGCUUCACAAGCUUUAAAGAGGAACUUGACUCAAGAAGCUAUGCCAAAAAACAGGUAAAAGGCAAAGGGCUAGUGACCAGUUUUGCCCAUGGUCUUCAUCCUUAUUACUGACAUACCAUGUAUUAUUCUGCACUAUGCCUCUGUGUAGCUGUCAGGGGCAGUAACAUCUUUGAUUUCGCAUUGCAGAUGUACAACUAUGGGGCUGUAGGCGCAAUAACAUUAGUGUUCAGGCACAAUAACAUUUCUAAACGUUCCCUAAAACAUAUUUACCUGAAAUAAAUGUUCACUUUGAGUUCAGGUCUGCUUUAAAAAAUUGUCAUUAAAGUAACAAUUCGAUUUAAGCUCCAGACCCUUCUAUUACUAAUUCUCGCCACUUAUAAUUACCUGUCAGUGGGCAGUAGGAACUGUAGUAUUUAACAGUUCUAUCACUCUAGGCUGGGGCAUGUAAUCUCUAAGGCAGUUGUGACCACAUAUGUAGCCCAGGACCCAAGGGAGCACCACAGAAUGGUGGAUCUAGGCACAGUUACGGGCGUUUUUACAACCUCUCCCGAACAAUUUAACUUGACAGAUAGUAACCCACAUUUAAAAUGUCAGUUUUAAUGCGUUUUAGCGGCAUUUUGCCGCA